AUCAUUUUAUUGUAUUUCUAAUGUUUCGCUAUCAUUCAAUACUAUUACUUGCUAUACUGUACUUCUUUGAGUAUGGUUUAGCAUACAAAAUUUUAGUAUUUUCCCCCGCAACUAGCAAAUCACAUUUAAUAUCAAAUGGUAGGAUUGCUGAUGAAUUGGCAAAAGCUGGGCAUAAUGUAACUCUACUAGAAAUUGACUUUCUGGGAAUUGUGGACUCUACAAAAAGUGCAAAACUCGUGAAAAAAACAAUUGUCAGAGUACCAAAGAAAAUGCAAGGAUUCAAAAAUGUAAUUCAAAGCUUCUCAGAAGGAGUGAUGGAAGAUGAAGGAUUGUUUGAAUUAUUGAAAGGAAAUAUUGCAUAUCAGACAGUAUACAAUGAUUUAUGUGAAGAAUUUCUUGAAAAUGAAGUUAUGUUCAACAAAUUGAAAGAUGAAAACUUUGAUGCUUUCUUCGCUGAACAACUGAAUAUCUGUGGUUUCGGAUAUGCAAAAGCAUUAGGAAUUCAAAGAAAAUUUUUAAUAUCUAGUUGUCCAUUCUUUUCCCAUGUUUAUGAUUACACCAGUCAUCCUGCUCCCUAUGCCAGUGUACCGUUCAUUUCGGAUAUGAGUCCUGAGCCAACUUAUCUGGAACGUACAAAUAAUCUUUUGCGAGGAAUUACCAUUAAUACAUUUUUCUAUUUUUCUCAUAAUAGACUGACGUCAAUAUUCCGGAAGAAAUUCGGAGACGACUUCCCUGCGAUUACUGAGAUUGUACGAAAUGUCGACAUCAUUUUUCUGGCAACAGAUGAAAUCAUUGAUUUUUCAUCUCCAACAUUACCAAAUCUUGUUCACGUCGGUGGACUCGGAGUUGAUGAUGACACUACAGAAAUGGGCCCAGUUUUUGAAGCUGAAAUGAAAAAAGGAGAUAAAGGAGUCAUUUACUUUUCACUUGGAACCAUUGCCAACACUUCAACAAUUGAUAAAAAAGUUAUGGAAUCGUUUUUGGAAAUUGUUAAAAAGUUUCCUGAUUAUCAUUUUCUGAUCAGAGCAGACAAAAAUGAUAAGAACACAAAAGACAAGGCAACGGAAAUUUCGAAUGUCUUUGUUUCUGAUUGGUUGCCGCAACCAGCAAUUUUACAUCAUCCCCGCCUUCGUACUUUUAUUACACAUGCUGGUUACAAUGGUCUUAUGGAAGCAGCUCUUGCCGGUGUUCCAUUAAUUACGAUUCCAUUUAUGUUUGAUCAGAAUCUAAACAGUCGAGCAAUCGAGAAAAAAGGAUGGGGAAUUAGAAGAGACAAAAAACAAUUCCUCACGGAGCCAAACGCCAUUGAGGAAGCUAUAAGAGAAAUGCUCACAAAUCCAAGUUAUACGAAACAAGCACAUCGAGUACGUGACUUGAUGAGAAACAAACCCAUGGGAGCAAGAGACCGAUUUAUAAAAACAACUGAGUGGGUUAUUCAGAAUGGAGGAGUUCAUGAAUUGCUGACUGAAGGAAGAGAUCUCAGUAUCAUCAAGUAUUACAAUUUAGAUAUCAUUGUUCCAUGUUUCUUUGUUGCUUUUUAUUUCAUAAUUUUCCCAUUUUUCAAACUCUUUGGAGGAUUUUAUUAUUACAGUUGUUUUGGUCAUAUUGAAUCAAAAUACAAAAAAGAUUAAUGAUUUAAAUAAAUAUUUUAUCACGUU